CAGAGCAGCGAUAAUGAGGUACGUAGUUUUAGUAUUUCUCUUCGUCGGACACUGUCUAUCCAGUCCAGCCAGUCGGACCAAUCCAGUCCAUGAACGGAUCGAUGUCGGAGCACCAACCAACGCCGAAGUCUCGAAACGGUAUUACGUUUUUAACAGCCGCGGCGUUACGUUUUUCGAGGCCUGGAGACUCUGUCAGAGCGUUGGCCAUCGAUUAGCGACGAUCACCAACCAGAACGAUACCCGUUCGGUGGAGGAAGCCGUUCAAGCUUCGAGCAACUCCAAAGGACCCUGGUGGAUCGCAGGCACUGAUCUCGGCAAUGAAGGAGUGUUUGUUUGGAUUUCCACCAACCAGCCGGUGGGCUUCCGAACGGGAUAUUCAGAUUACGCACCCAAUCAGCCGGAUAAUGCUGGAGGAAACGAAAACUGUCUGGAAAUCGGACGUGAAGGUGCUCUAUCGUGGAAUGAUGCCCCGUGUGAUGCGAAGCACCGAUACAUUUGUGAACAUGGAGGAUAAUGCGUGCGAUUGAAAAUAUAAACUAA